AUGUUGCAUGAUUACUUUAGUUUAAACCCGGCUACCGGAAACACAAGGCCUGUAUCAGCACACCAUGUAACUCAGACACAACAUAAAUGCUCUCUUCCACAAGUAGUACUAGGUACCGCAUUGGUUGAAGUGCGGUUCGAACGUGGACAUACAACGGUACUUCGGGCAUUACUCGACAGUGGAGCAGAGGCAGCAUUUGUAUCUAUAAAUGGAGCUAGCGGCAGCGGAGUCGCCACUGUAAAAGGUCUGGUCAGUUUCACCUUACAUUCUCUCAAAAAUAACGUCAACAAGCCAUGCACAGCACUCGUACUACCUUGGGUAGGCAACAUAACUCCUACGUUGAGAAUCGGAGCCAGUGGGCUGCAACAUUUUAGCGACCUGGAUUUAGCGGAUCCAAAGCUCACCAUUCCUCAAUCCAUCGACAUGAUUCUUAAUGCUGAAAUUUACGCCGAAGUAUUGUUAAGUGGAAUACGUCGUAGCCGCACAAAUAACCUUAUUGCUCAAAAUACGCAGUUGGGUUGGAUAGAAGAGCUGAACACAGUGGCUUGUUACACUGAAGACGAACGCUACGUCGAAGAGUAUUUUCAAAACACCACACGCCGAAGGAAAGACGGGCGUUACAUUGUUCGCCUGCCUGUUAAACGUGACGAAGACUUGAGGCAACUCAUCCCUACACAACGUGACGCGGUAGUUUUGCACGAACACUUGCAAAGGAGGCUAUCUCGAAAUGCAAUACUGCAAACCAUGUAUACAGAUUUUCUAGAUGAUUAUCUAUCGCAACAACAUAUGCAACUCAUCAAUAAUGACACCAGUUGCACAUCACCGGUAUAUUAUCUUCCGCAUCAUGGAGUUUGGAAGGCUUCCAGCUCAACAACGAAAUUGCGCGUCGUGUUCAACGCGCCAAAAAGAUGCAGCGCAGGUAAAUCGUUAAAUGAUUGUUUAUAUAAUGACCUAACCGCGGUUGUGCUGAACUGGCGGCGAUAUCGGGUCGCAUUAACAGGAGACAUCACCAAGAUGUACCGCCAAAUCUUGGUAGAUGAACGAGACGCAGAUCUGCAACGUAUUGUGUGGAGUCCAGCUGGUCAGGAGAACCUGUCACAUUAUCGCUUAAACACAGUUACGUAUGGCACUAACUGCACACCUUAUCUGGCGAUCAAGGUAUUGCACACGUUAGCGGCAUAUGAGCAAGACAAUUUUCCGGACGCCGGUAAGAUACUAAUUCAUGAAUUUUACGUUGAUGACGUAUUGACAGUAGCCGACAGCGUUGCCGAUGCCUGCAAACGCCGGGAUGAACUCCAAACGUUACUGCAAGCAGCAGGAUUCACUUUACGUAAGUGGAAUUCUAUUUCGACUGAAACUAUCCAAACGAUCGAGCCAACUUAUCUUGAAUUAAAAGCAUCACAUGAAUUUCAAGUUGAUGACCAUGCCAACACAUUAGUAUGGGCCACUAAAUCCGAUUGUCUGACUUAUUCGAUAAAGAUUGAUUAUACAAUUACUAUUUUCACUAAGCGCCAAUUGUUGUCUGAUGUUGCUAGGCUAUUUGAUCCACUUGGAUUUUUAGCCCCCAUCAUCAUCCGAGGCAAAAUCUUCAUUCAAAAAUUCUGGCUCACCGGACUACAGUGGAACGAGAUUCUACCAGACGACCUAAAAGCGACGUGGUUAGCGUUUCGAAGCGAGCUUAAAUUGGUGCCUGAGAUACAAGUUCCUCGUUGGAUCCACAUAACAAACGAAGUGGAUUCGUACGAAUUUCACGCAUCCACACAUGCCUAUGCGGCGGUAGUGUACUUAAAGGUCGUGGCGAAAGGAUCGGUAAAAACUACGCUAAAUCUAGACUCUGCAACUACUUACUUUUGGUCGGAUUCGACUACAACAAUAUGGUGGAUACGGUCCGAUCCUGGGGCACUGAAGGAAUUAGUCUCGAAUCGAGUAAGCCAAAUUCAAGCCUUGACUGCUGUUAGCAACUGGAGAUAUGUACGAACAGCGGAUAACCCAGCAGACUGCGCCUCGCGGGGCUCGACUAUACAACAACUCAUGCGUCACCCACUAUGGUGGAAUGGACCAGAAUGA